GACUACACAUUCGAAUAAGGCUGUUUAUGUGAGUUCUAUCUUUUUUGAAACAUGUAAGAAGUGUUCAGGAAAAAAGGGCAGCAUAGAAAAUCUCAACAAUCUAAAAUGAAGUGACUUUAGAACUGAACACUGAAAGAAACUGACAUUUGUCUUUGGGGAUUUGAAGUGCUGCAAUAUGCCUGUCAUUUUUUCACCACAAUAAUUCCAACAAGAAGAUCUGUUGCUCCUGACAAAGGUUUGGCUCAUCUAAACUGCUGGAUUUACCUGACAAAAAGAAAGUGUUGGUGUCAGACUAUUUACAAAACUGCUACUUGUUGGGACUCACUGUAACCAGUCAUGCCUGUGGUUAAAGUGGAGAGUGAUUCUCCCUCUGAGACCACUCUUCCAGUGAAUGACAGUCAGAGAGCAGAGCCACAAAGGGGGCGGCGGAGGAAGAGGCCACUUCAGCGAGGCAAACCACCGUACAGCUACAUAGCUCUGAUCUCCAUGGCGAUUGCUAACUCACCUGACCGCAAGCUCACGCUUGGGGGGAUCUACAAGUUCAUCACUGAGAGGUUUCCUUUCUAUAGGGACAACUCUAAGAAAUGGCAGAACUCCAUUCGCCAUAACUUGACCCUCAAUGACUGUUUUAUUAAGAUCCCGCGAGAGCCUGGUAGACCAGGAAAGGGCAACUACUGGGCACUGGAUCCCAACGCAGAAGACAUGUUCGAAAGUGGCAGCUUUCUACGCCGUCGAAAACGCUUUAAGCGCAGUGACUUCACUACAUAUUCAACAUACGUGCAUGAGUCUCCUGUCUUCCCAUCAGUACAGAUUGCACGAUCAGCCUAUGCCAACACUGUCUACUCGAACAUGGCAAUGAGCCCGCCUUAUGCACAACAACUACCUUCCGCCUAUUACCAGUCUUCCUCACCAAGCUUUGACUCGGGUCAGUCAAGGGUCUUCAGAAUCAAUUCUCUCAUUGGAUCGCCUAGCAGGAUGGGUCAAACUGCGGAGAUGAUGCCUCAGCAGUCAUGCCGCAGUUUCAGCCCAGAGAGCGGUUCCUGCAGUUUGGGAGGGCCAGGCUUCCAGCAUCAGUCCUGCAAUGGUGAUACCGUGCUGUCAUGCUGCUCUACCUCCUCAAACAACAUGGCCUUUGCUUACUCCAGCCAGGGACAUGGACAAACUCAGGUAUCAUACCCACAAGGCAGCACGCAGACCUAUGGGCCAACAGGGAGGGUGGCCAUCUCCAGUUUGUCUCCCCUUGCUGGUGAUGCCGUUGGUGACCCAUAUGGUCGAACAUCUCCAGCACAGCUGGGCUCCUUUGUUCAAUACAAUACCUCUGGUCCAGUAGGCAGCUCAGGACCUUACAUCAGACAUCCAGCUUACUCAGGUAACAUGGACAGAUUCGUGUCAGCCACUUAAAAAAAAGGUGAAGGUUGAUCUUCCAAUUGCGCGGACUACUGCCUGAAUGACACGUUUGGAGGAAUGUUUGAGGAGAUAUUUAAGAACAUUUUAGGCAAUAUAAAAAAAAACUUUACAUUGAACUAAAAUUAUGUUAAUGAAAAAACAUGGAAAAUGUGAUAUUUAAACUGCUUUUUUUCAUUAGAGUGGAAAUUUAAUGUGACUCUUUUAACACGUCUGUAAAGAAACUUUACAUUAUUGUAAAAAAUGCACAAAGUGCUAAAGUUCAAAACU